AUGCCAGUUGUGAAAGCGCCCUCGCUCUCAUUUGACAACCUCAAGUCUUCCUGCUCCCCCUACGACAUGAACAGAUACUCUUCGCGCGCCCCCUACGUUAGAAUCCACACACCGUCUCUAGACGGUGCUUACAGCCUACACGACUUCCCACCUUUUGAUGGAUAUGAUGAUCCUCAAAUCUCUCUCUCGCAAUGGAUGAGUGCAGGGCCUAUGUAUUCGGAGGCUGAAAUGUACGAGUCAGCUCAAUGCCCUCCAAGCCUCACGGCACCACACCAACUAGCCGACAACUCUCCCUACGAGGAGCAUUUAGACGCUGGCCUAUUUUCAUGGCCAUACGAAGGGACGUCGGGAUAUGACUCCUCUUUCUCCUCAGUGCCCGAGCCGAGCACAUACUCCAACGCGUACUCUCCAUCCAUCUCCGUCGUGUCAUGUUCGCCACGGUCAGACCACAGUGGCCUGUCUCUCUCACCACAACCGAACAUGCACGAAUAUUCAAACGCGUUUAAUUUCGAUUUCACAACAUCCCUACCACACCAAUUCCCCUCAACCUCCACCUCACAAUGGCACCAACACUCAUCAUCAUGUCCACCCACCCACCACUCACCGCGAUCCACGCUCUCACACUCACCCACACCCUCUUGCUCAAGCAUCGACGCGCGCGAAAUCAAGCUCUCCUCCUCCCGGUCCGCCUCACCGUCUCGUCCCCUUCACUCGCACCCCAAAUCCUCUCUAUCGACUUCCGCCUCUCCAACCACCCCCGAGACCGACGCCCAAGCCCAACGACGGCGCUUCCCCUGCCUCAUCCUCGGGUGCGAGCGACGCUUCACCUCACAAUACACACUCAAGGUGCACAUGGAGGCGCACAAGCCCAAGCCGCGCGCGUCCUUCCCCUGCACGCUCGGCUGCUCGGAGCGCUUCUCGCGGCAACACGACCGCCUGCGGCACGAGGUCGCGAAGCACGGCAAGGUGUGCGAGUUUCUGUGCGACGAGUGUGGGCGGUUCUUCUCGACGAAGAAGACGCUGGGGAACCAUAAGUGUCCCGUCGCGCAGGGCGGCACGCGGUGGGUCAACCAAUGA